AUGCCACUGGAAAGCGACUUUGAAUCCAAUUCUUCAGUAGAAAAUCCUAUUUCCAGAGAAAUAAGGAAGAUCUGCACCGAGGACUUAGAAUCCCCCAUACAGGAACGGUUGCUUGGAACCCCCCAAUUUAGAUCAACACCUAUACCAUCACCAUCACCAGGAAUCCGUAGAAAAAAGAAUCCAUUCAAUGGAGGUACAACCUGUAACCCGCUUCGGAUGAUCGUUUCACCUAGUUAUAGUUAUAAAUUAUGUAGGGCUCCAUCAGACCCAGGAGAGAUUUUGCGCUUAUUACGAAACUUGAAAGUUCCACAGUUCAGUGAACUUGGGGGUAGUGCGGGCCCUUCCGAUGAUUGUAGGAGGAGUAGGUACGAGGAAGAACAACUAAAGCACGAAUAUGAACAAGACACAGAUGAGGAUAGUAUUUCCCGGCUUUUACUUGAUGUUAUGAGGUUCAACCAUCAGUUGGACCUUUAUGAAUUCCGUAAAACGAUUUUGGUGGAUAAAUUAGAAGCCUUAAUUUUAGAGAGUUCUCAAACAAUACCACCUAGUGAUGGAAUUGAUUAUCAAGAUAGGGGUUAUAUUUCUCGAGAACAAACAGGGAGCUAUGACUCUGACCAAGAGAAUAACCCCCUCAAGUGGAGAACCAACCACAAGGAAAAUAACUUGGCUAAAGAAUCUUUAGGUCUUACCCCUAUAAUUCCUCCACUUAAGGGGAUAUUGAGGGUCCCGAAAUAA